AUGAGUGCGAGCGCGUCGAACAAGAAACAAUGUGUUUUAUGCAAUAAGAGUGGCGGCAUAAUGAUAUGUGAAGGAUGUCAACAAGCAUUUUGUGGUAAACAUGUUAUUGAACAUCGACAAACAUUAAGUGGACAAUUGGAUAAUAUAAUGCAAGAACAUGAUUUACUUCAACAAGAAUUAGCGCAACCAUCAUUAAAGAAAAAUCCUCUAUUAAAAAAAAUAGAUAAAUGGGAAAAGGAUUCAAUCGCAAAGAUUCAAGUCGCUGCUGAGACUGCACGAAAAACUUUACAAGAAUUGCUUGAACAAUCAAAGGAAAGACUUUCAAAAACAUGUCGUGAUAUCACAGAAAACCUUCGUGCAUCUCAGGAAGCUGAUGAUUUUUCUGAAAAUGAUCUUCAACGAUGGAAGAAACAGCUGAAAGAACUUCAAUUAGAAAUUACAUCACCAUCAUCAGCUAAAUUAAUUUUAGAUAAAAACGCUCCCAUUUAUAUAAUGACACUCAGAGCUAAUGAGUCCUCCAACGAUCAAGGUGAAAACAGAAAAGAAUCUUCAACAUCCUCAAGUUCUCAUAAUCUAGACUUACAAGAAAGGUUCUUACAAACAUUGGGCCAUGUUAAUCUUGAAGAAAACGGUUGUCUUGCUAAAUGUGUUGACCCUUGGCCAAGUUUUUCAUACCUUCGAGGUCGAUUUCUUUAUUCUACAGGUUGCCAUACAAUCAGAUUCAGAAUUGAAAAUUGCAAAGAGCCUUAUCGUAUUUUCUUUGGCUGCAUGUCAUCUAAAACAGCUUUAAAGGAAGAUGUUUUUAGAGCUUCUGAUUCUGUAGGAUGGUUCGGAAAUGAUCAAGUCUAUGAAAAUGGACGUUGCAGUAGUAAUGUUCGAAAGUAUGGAUAUAAAAGUUGUAACAUAAAAAUUAAUGAUGUGUUAGAUCUUACAAUUGACUGUACAAAGAAACAGAUAAGACUGUUUCAUGAACGUUUGAAAACAACAUGUACUCUUUCGGUUAAUGAUAAUUUAGCUCCAUUGCCUUGGCAAUUUUUAUUGGCAUUAUGUAAUUUUGAUGAUUCUGUUAGAAUUUUACCUAAUGCUUAA